CCCUCACGCAUCCCUCGUCCUCCGGCUCGCCCAUCUCCUUUGCCGUCCCCGCCGUCGCUCGAGAUCGCAGCCGUCCUCGCUCAAGCAGGCCCGUUCGACGAUCUCAAGUCACUCGUCCCAUCGGUCUCGUUCACAGGGAGCUCAGAAGAUCAUGAAAGUGAUUGGGAGGACGUGCCGCCUUUCCCAAAGGAUCACCAGCCACCUAUAUUCAUUAUCCAAGGUCACCGCGCUCAAGUACCAUUCGCUGUUCGUCCAGGUGUCAUCGCUCUCGGAGACAUACAUCCAGACGAACGCACCGCUCGUAUCAUUCUCUCUGCACCAACAAUCCCGCGCAUGAACUUGGUCAUGAAGGAACAGCUCUUCAUGAACACUUGGGUUGAUAGGCUAACUCCUCAGCGUCCCCCCAGGCACGUACCCUGGACUAGUGAUAAUUUGGUUCCUAGGCGUGACUGGAUUUCUGAGGGUUCCAUCUUUCCGGCUGAAACCAUCAAGUUGCAAAAUGGGAAGAUACGACAAGCACGGAUGGAUCAACAGAGCCCGAAUGGAUCUUCCAAAGAAACGUUCCCUCAUUCUACGCCCUGCAUUCCAGGCGUCCGAAGCCACAGGGAGACUGCUGUUAUUUCAAAGGAAUGUUCCGGGCAUCAGGUCGGAUGUAAUCGAUGGUCCGUUCACGUUCCAAUGACUGCUAUCAAGCAAAAUACAGUUUCAUCUGGACCAGGACCCAUUACACCCAUUCGCGGACGAAUGGGGACACGGGCACAUUUCUCGGCCAGUCCCGUUCUUGAAUCUUGCUCUGAUAAGACAAUAAAGCAACUGGCAUCAACAUGCCGCAAGUCAUCUCGCACGUUGCCACAACUCGGUUCUAUUGAUUCCCUGGCUAUUCGAAGAGGCAAGAAGGUCUCAGGUUUGCAACUCAAGGAAAUGGACGAUAUGGACUAUCCGGAUAUCCCUACGGCCUUCCGCGGAUCUCCAACCGUCUGGUCACCGAAAUUUGAUCCUGGAGUUCCCAGUCCCGAUGGAAAAAAUUUCACCGACCACAGUAGUAUGCUAUCAAGUCUCAGAUCGCAAUACGCCGCACUUAAUACGAGUGGGAUUUCCAUACCUGCGAUGCACAACAACAAGGGAUGUCAAGAUACAUUUGUUGACUCGGACACGGACUCUGUAUCAUUAAUGCCAUCAUCCUCCCGUGACGAUGAAUGGGCCUUUGAGAAUGACCUCGAUCUUGAUCUUCAGAGCGCCCUUGACAACGUGUCUCGUUGUCCGACACCUUCAUUUACGCCCAAGAUCGUGCCAGAUAUGGCAAGGGAGUCUUUGAACAUCACUCCGGAUCGUUGUUCCGCCCGCUCCAGCCUGACUCGUUCUUUCUCACCUCCUUGUCGGCAGUCAGUAGUCCCUGCAGUCAAGGUUUCUCUAGCGCCCCUGACUGAUCCACCACGCGUCCCUCUUCCCCCUCCUCCUGUUUUAAUUACUCCUUCUACCCCUCCACGGGUGAGAGGAAUUUUAAAGAAGGUCAAGAGCGUUCGCUUCGAGGAUGUCAGAUGCAGUCAAGAUGUGGGCCUAUUCGCCGUGCCAGUACCGGAGUCAACAGUAGCAAAACGACCUUCUCCUCUACGGAACAGCUUCGUGAGCCCUAUCGAUAGCGCCACGUCGGCAGACGCAAAGGAGCCUGUGAAUAUUGAACCUGCGACAGGUCCUCUUCAAGUUGUGCCGCUGCCCAAGGCAAUUCAGGAACCUGUCAUCAAGAAGAAGUCGCACACAACGAAGUCCAAGCUCGUUCCUAAGGGUACCAUACUCAGCUCUUAUCGCACGUCUGAGGUACCCAUUCUGAAAUUCGUCGACACCAACGCCUGCCAGCAGGUCCCGCCUGUACCCGAGCUCAACGGGUCGGCGACCUCUACUCCUGGCCGUCAUAAUCGUGUCGCCAGUGGAGAGAAGGAAAACGCGCAAACUGCCUAUGCUCGUGCUCGCAAGCGAUGGUCGACGAUGAACGAGAACGAUCUCAGGAUGGGAGUCGAGGGUGUUGCACCCAAGAGCCGUCUUACUACGCCUCUGAGGAACAUUUUCAAGUUCAAAUAA